UGUUUGGACUUAGUUAUGCGCAUGAAUUGUCGUGAAUACGCGUAAUACAAAGUGAGACGAUCAUCCGAGUAAUGAAGAGUUUUAUAUUAAAUUAUAUAGUACAACAGUCGUAACCGCGUACGACCGUUGCUGGCCGUGGGAAUAUCGACAGCCACCAGGAAGGUGAAAUACGAGCAAAGGUGGCACGUUAUUUGUAAACCCGGCACCACGGAUCACGUAAAGAUGGAAAACAGUGGAGAGAGCGGGGACGACGGAGGGCCCUUGGGCUCCACGAGUUUCCUAGGAGGCAGCGGAGUCUCGGCUUCUUAUAUCGGAGUGCAAUCCGACGAUCUGGAUGAAACGUUGCAUUCGGAUGAUCCAGAAAACACGGACGAUUCCAAUCAUGGUACAGGAGAUCCAUUGCAAGGUGGCGGAGGUGGCGGCAGCAGCGGACCUCUCAGAGAGCAAGAUCGCUUUUUGCCGAUAGCGAACGUUGCCAAGAUCAUGAAGAGGGCCAUACCGGAGGCAGGAAAAAUAGCAAAGGACGCGAGGGAGUGUGUUCAGGAGUGCGUUUCGGAAUUCAUAUCAUUCAUAACCUCAGAAGCUAGUGACAGGUGUCACAUGGAGAAACGAAAGACGAUCAACGGAGAGGACAUAUUGUUCGCCAUGUCGACGUUAGGGUUUGAUAAUUACGUGGAACCUUUGAAGCUCUACCUCCAGAAAUACCGCGAAGCGACCAAAGGUGACAACCCGACCGGACCUGGUGGCACCGCGACGGGUAAUGGAAAGGUCGAAACUCAGGGAAGUAUCUACGAGGAUCAACUUUUUGCCAUUACUGCCACAGGGAGCAGUGCCACCACUUCGGACACCCCGGUGAUAUACAGUUAUUCCACGUCCGACCAAAUGCAGUUUCAAUUGUCUUGAUCGAAAGUGGCAUCACGGUGAACGAAAGAUACGAAGGGUUGUUCGAAAGCACCCGGAGAAAAUGUACAAGGAAAGAACGGGUUGCACCUUUCGUCGCCGAGAGAACUCGCUCGAGAAAGAGGUUUUCUUUUCCGCGUAUCCUUAUGUCGACCUCGUCCAUGUCGCGUAGAAAGCUCUCGGACUGCGGUCGGGCAAGCGCGGGUGGACGAGGAGAGAAUAAACCAUACGUUCGGACCGAA